AUGCCACUUCAAUUUUUGCUGCACGCCGGAAACAGGUGCGUUGGCAGCCUCGCUGGAGCAGUAAUGCUGCUCUGCCGUCCUUCUUCCCAGACACAUGCUGUCAACCCCCACUGGGUAAGAAUGGCUGCUAUCCCUCUCCCUUUCCACCAGCCACAUGCCACCACUGCGACACCGGGCUUCCCCUCUAAAUGCUUCCGCCCACAAGGUACGUUGAAUCACGCCUCUACGUCCACCCAGAGAACUCCUAUCCAGCUCACGCUCCCCCUGCAUGCCCUCGAGACUCGGAAAGCCGACCAGGCUGCCGGUCACCCUUUCGGAAUAGCUGUGGCCAACGCCUAUGCUUUCGUCCCGCACUUUUUACCCACGCCUUCCGGUUCUCUCGACACUCCCCAUAUUCCCCGUAUUCCGAGGCACCGCCUCGCGCCCGCGAGAACACCCACGUGGGCCGGAUGGCCGACUGCUCCCACGGCUCCUACACCCACCGGUACACUGCCCUUCUCAGCCCCGUGUCGCUCCUUCCUCCCUUGGCCUGGGUACUCUGUGGAGUGCUCUCGCACGAGUCUAUUUAUCACCCUUCGUCCUCGCCUCUCAGCACUCACUCUUUCAUUGCCUCUCACCGUUCUCUUUCUCCAUCCCUUGUCUCGCGAUAUGGCGGAUAUCCCACAGUUCGACGAAGAUAUGGAGCUCACCGAUGACAUGCUCGAAGGGAUGGACCUACCGGAUGACCCCUCUGGAUCCAACCUGCCCCGAACCCGAUCGCCCACGGAGCUGCCCGCCCCCAAGAAACCCUGCGUCGAAACCGCCUCUGACAUCCCUCCUCACGAACCGCCCGCUGCCACCUCGGUCGUCACGGAAGGACACGUGGACGCGCCGGGUACCCGUACGGUCGUUACGCUGCUCUUCCCCGAGCCAGGCGCUGACGCCAUCCGCCCCAUUUUGAUCUCCAAGCUUUUCGCCAAACUGACCCCCUCCCUCUUCGACUGCGGUUAUGUCCCUGAAGCCCGCGCUACCAACGGCGAUACCCUUUGCUUCGCCGGUCGUGUCUACGCGUCGAUCUGCUUCUCCUGGCCGACCAGGCAGUCUGCCAACGAAUUCCUCCCCGUCUUCAGGAACCCCAUCGAACUCUCCCCCUGUCGCUCCAUCACUGUCAAGCCUUACAUCGACCCCCAUCCCGACCUCACGGAGGCCAAGGCGAACGGCGCCCCGGUACUCUCCCUGCGCAGGGUCCCGGCCCGCUUCGAGGACUCUGACCUCCUCGUGUACCUGGUGCCGCGCUGGCUUACGGGUAUCAACUCCUUCCAUCGCAUGAAGGACCCCUACGCGGGGGUCUUUCUCAUCCUUACUGGCAUCCCCAUCCCGCUGCCGGAAGACCCGGACUUCCUCACCAUCCCGGCCCUGAUCCCCACCGGCGGCAACGCCCCGGACAUCCUCGUGAAUGUCUCCUCCCACGAAUGCUCUAUCUGUGCGAGCAACCACCGGGUGGAGGACCACGCUAUCUUCCCCUGUGAGCGCAAGGGACACCUCAACAACAAGGCGCAGCUCACCGUUGCUGCAGAAGGCGAAUGCUACCGCCUUGUCGCGGGUUCAUUUAAAGCAAGCCUCUUUGCCGUCAGAAUUCCCAAGUUGCUCGCCACUGCCAACGUGACCGCACCCAAGGAGACGUUCUACACCUGGAGCUUCUCCGCUUUCCAGAAGAAGGGGGAUAUCGAGGCCUUCCUCAAGAGGAUGAAGCUCAUGGCUCGCGCAUAA